UGAUGUCAGUGGAUGAGGAGUCCACUUCCUGCUACUGCCUGAUGGAUUCCACCAGCUGCCACCUGCUGCUGGACCAGCCGGGCUCCUACGCCCUGGUGGGCGAGCCGCUGACGCAGGCUGCUGUGAAGAGGCUGAAGCUGGCCGUGUUUGGGAGCGUGGAGUCGGGCCCUCUGAUCUACAGUCUGCGGGUCUACUGUGUGGACGACACGCCACACGCCUUUCAGGACAGACGGACCGACGGCAGCCAUGACACCAGCAGUAACAGUGACGCACAUGAAGAGCAUCACUGUGAUGACAGUUUGUAGACGGAGCGGUUGAUUGCGGCCUCCGCUGGUGUCGGCAUCUAACCGUAGAACCAGUUAGAAGUUGGUGUCAGUGGUUUGGGUGAUCACAGCUUACAUGUCCAGGAUUACGAACAUACGACUAAACCGAAACAAACGGGCUCUAAAUUAGAUGCAGUUCACUCGUUUAACAUGAAGAGGGCGCCAAAGAGACGCUUUUAGACAAACACAAGAUUCCAACAAACAUCCAUUA